AUGAAUUCUCUAUGUGUUGAAACCAUUUCAUUUUUUUCAAUGUUCUCUUCAAAUCCUCUGUUUUCAUGCAUUGUCACUUUUUGCACCUUGGUUUACCUCUACUUGCCUCAUCUUUUCUCCAAGAUAGUUUUAUCACCGGUGAUUACUCUCACCGGGAUUCUCUUACUCACAAUCCUCCGUCUCGGCGCAACUCAAAAGUCUCACCAUGAAGAACAAAAGGAAGAUCAACACAAACAUGAAUCGAUUGUUGAAGAAGAAAACAGAGCAAACAAAUGCAGAGAAGAGGAAGAAAAAGAGAAACAGAGUUCACCGUGUUUCAUUAAUUCUAAUGAAAUUGAGGUGAAUUCGGAAAUGGGUUUUGAAUCAAGUUCAUGUUUUGUAGAAUGGAACGUGAGAGCGCCAUUGGAGGUGAUAUAUGAAGAAUACGAAGGUGAAGAAAAAUGUGAUGAUUCAAAUGAAAGAGAAGAAAACUCGAAUAUGGGUAUUUCGAGUUAUGCUUCAUUGUCACGUUACUACCCGGAAUCUGAUUCGGAUAGCUCAUCGGAGGGUGGAUCUCCGGCGAUAGAGGAUUGGGAUUCGCCGGAGGAGUGGGAGGAAGAAGAUAGAGAAGGGUUGAUUGAGAUAGCAUUAGAUGGUAACAAUAUGAUGAUGAUGAAGAAAGAGUUGGAGUUUCAGUAUGAGGAAGAGAAUCUGAUUGAGAUUGAUAUUUCUCCGACGAGGUAUAAAGAGUUUUCCGGCGACCGUGAGACGCUUACCGGUGAGAUCAGCUGCAAUUAA